AUGGAUGAUUACGAUACAAUUGAUAAUAAUCUAGAUGCAGGGACACCUCAUGAUAGGAAGGACAUUGAUCUGGUUCCACUUGCAAUCACUGACAAUUUGGAUGAAUUGACUAUAAAGGAAUUUGAUGAAUUACAAUCAGCCUUGAUUAUUCAAGCAGAUACAUCAGAACCUGCCCACUUUAUGCAAUGUAUUGAAGAGAGAUUGUGUUAUUAUGUUAAAAAUCCAAAAUUAUUCAAGACUUCGGAGGAGUCCACUGAAUCACAUUGGACGAGAUUCAUGCUCGAUCAGAAAUGUAUAUUCAAGAAGGUGGAUCGGAUUAAUGAAUCCAGUUUUUGUAGCUUGCAACCUCAAGUGAUGAGGAGCUUUCUGAGAGGAUAUAAUAUUGUUUUCUUCACGUUAUAUUCUGGAACUUAUACGGGAUUUGAUUCAGUUGUUGUAGGUGUGAUUAAUGAUUUAAUCAACAGUGGAGAGUUGUCUGUAGUGUUUUUGAGAGGAGCAGGACGAUCAGUUCCAAUGAGACUUGGUUUUGUGAGAAGAAAGGACACAAAUGAUGGUUAUGUGGAGUAUACAGAUGGAACUUAUGUACAACUCUUGCUACAAAAUAUUAAUCAAUUGGAUAAUCAGAGCUUGACUAUAUUUGUGAAUAAGUGUAUGAACAAAUUAGAAAAUAGAGUUCAAACAAUUGGUGAAGUGGAAGAGACUAUUGAGGAUUGUUUGAAAUUGGAUGAUUUAUACAUUUGUGGAGUUUGUGACACCACCUUGAGUAAUGUAAAUGAUUGGCAUUUACUUGCUAGGAGUGUAAGUGAAAGGCAGAAAUAUCCAUGGGUUAUUCACAAAACUAAGAAGGUAAUGUUCACUCCAUGUAACAACAUGAUGAUGAAUAAUAAUAGAAGAGUAGGAGAUCAAGAUUUAAAUCCAUUGCCUUGUUUUCAACCUUUACAUGGAAAUGCUCCUUCCUCAAUGAGUGGUGGAUUUGGUGGCAAUCAAGUUGGACCAAAUAAUCCAAUUUUCAAUGAUCGUUCGAAUUUUCCUUCUGCUUCUUCAAUGGGAGGAGGAGAUAUGAAACCUCCUCAGAUGUUACCAGGUUCUCGAUUUGAUCCAGUUUAUCCUACCAUUGGACCAUUUGGAGGUUAUGGAAGUGGAAAUAGAGGAGGUAGUUCUUCAUCUUCGUUUGGAAAUGUUAAUCCAGAUCAUCACAAACCUCCACAAUUUGAAGACGAAGAUUUGUAGUUAUUUCUAAAGAGUGAAACAAGAGAUUCAACAAUAUAGCCCGAGUUAAUAUGUAAAAUGAAUAAAUUU